UAAUCACUUACAACAGAAACCAAGCUAGAUCAUUGAAACAUUGGACAUUAAGCGAUAUUUCACAUUGGUUUGAUGUCAAUCGUAUUCAUAAUGAUAUAAAAGAUUUAUAUGCAUUUCAAACAAGAACAUCAUUGUUACUUUAUGCCGGACAUUUGAAACUCUAUUAUACACAAGAAUACGAACUACUCUUCAGUCGUUAUCAAGAGAAAUAUGGAAAACAAUUAGAGACGGAUAAAUUUAUUACGUUUGUAGAUGCUCUCUAUCGUCUUUAUGAUGAAGAUGCAGAUGACGUCGAGCCAUCCGAGAGUGAAGUCGAAAGUACUUGGUUCUAA